AUGGGACAACGCAUAAACUGCACUAAAUCGGCGAUACUGUUUAGUAAGAACUGCCCGGGUUGGAAGCAACGUAGGAUUGCUAAUUUACCGAAUUUCCGGAGGGUGCAAUCACUUGAAUACCUUGGACUCCAGCUGGCCAUGCGCAAGUUGGUGGCUUUCGACUUCCCUAAGGUUGUGAAGAAUGCGAUGGGCAAAAUAAAUAGUUGGGGCAGACGCCAUCUUUCACUGGCGGGGCAUGCCACGCUGAUCCACACUUUUUUACUUGCUGUCCCUAUGUAUCUUAUGACUCACACCACUCUUCCGCGAAGCAUUCUAGUGGCUAUUGAAUGCAUGGCUCGAAGAUUUUUGUGGCAGAAAGACAAUGCUAGCCGCGGUAUUCACUAUGUUAGAUGGGAGGAACUGUGCCAUUCCACGGCUAGUGGCGGACUGGGUUUCCAUGCUUCGGCUGAUUGGGCGGGGCCGCUACGUGCUCGGCUUGCUUGGGAUAUUAUUGGGAACCUUACUUUAGCAAGAUGGCCUACGUUUUUUAAGGUGGAGGCUUUGGAUGGCCAGACGGUGAGCUGCCUCCUUGAUGAGCACCAUAACUGGAACCGAGACACUAUUCGGGAUUGCCUCGGGGAGGAGCUUGCCAACCGAGUUUUAAAUGUGCAAAUUAGUACGGGUGAUGGCUCGGACUCGCCGGAGCUUCUUCACUCCCACCUUGCGGUUACUAUUACUUCAAUGGCGUACAAUCACGGCAAGGUUAAGGCUGGGUUCCAGUUCGCCUGGCUUCGGAGACUUAAAUUACACCCACGGGAGCAGUUUUUUUGGUGGCGUCUAUUCCAGGAUGCGCUGCCUACUAUGGAGUGGUUGUUUCGCCGUGGCCUUUCUGACUCACGGAAUUGCCCUUGGGGAUGCCCUCAACUUGAAACACUUGAGCAUGUGGCAGCACAUUGUGACAAUCUCGCCGCUUCCCUGUCGGUACUUGCCAAAUGGGGAUUUCACAUGCCGCCCGUUAAUUCGUGGAUUAAAUUAUUGAGGAUGCUCGAGCUGGCUGCUAGGGACAAUGCCAGCCACGGGAGACUCUAUUGCUACACGUUUUGGAGCAAUGGUGUACCUCUCAGUCCACUGGAUUGCCUUCCUACAAGCUUUGGUGCACCCCCCCCCCCUCCAGGAUGGGUAAAGUUCAAUGUGGAUGCCUCGCUUCAGCCGUCGGGGACGGCGGGUUUGGGAAUCGUGGCUCGGGAUGUUAAUGGCCGACUGGUGGUGGCAGUUGGUAAGCAAAUCGAGCAUUGGGAUGUUACCAAUGUGGAGAUUAUGGCGGCGCUAGCGGUGAAGGAUGCUAUCCGUGACUGGAUGAUGCAAAUGGACGGCAUUAUCAUUGAGGGUGAUUGCCUCCCGGCGAUCAAGUGGCUCCAAACUAUGUUCAAUUACAAGAGCAAGGAUCACUAG